AUGGCCUCAUCAGAUCAAGGGUCGGGCUACUCGGUGACGCCUACCCAAGGAAAGCCUUUCAUGUUCAGACAUGUUUCUAGAAAAAGUGACGAUAUCACCGCUUACCAGCGACCGACAGUCAAAGAUGGCCGCUCACUAUCCGGUGGAGGUCCACCGGGCUCCUUCAGUACAGACCUCCGAAGUGCUUUGCAGGCAGGGAGGACGACGCCGCAGGCUGACCUCAUGAACGUGCCGAAGCUUUCGCGCCUGCAAUCCCAAUAUAAAGAUGGGGAUACUCUCACAACCUCCGAACAACGGCAGGCUGCGGUCCGCGACAGGAUAGCCAAGGAAUUGAAGAUCAAAUUGGGGACGGAGAAUAUGUUGGAAGCGCUUUUGAGCAAAAACAAUAAGCAAACGAAGGAACAGCGGCAGAAAGUUGAGAUGGAGUUAGGCUCAUCAAACAGGAAACUUGCCGAGUUGAAACAAGAACUCGAUCAGGAGAUUAUACGCUCUCAGUCACCGACGACACCUCCCAACAACAGGAUGACUAGCUACUUCCGCAGCAGCCCCCUAAGGACACCAGCGGAAGCCCCAGAGAAUGAUUUGACUGAGUCCAUCGAUAGCGAGUCGCCUACGCUGGUAUUGACCGAGACUCUGCAGCAACUGGAAGCCGAUGGGUUGCCUCCGGACUAUUAUAUCGAGCGAGCAAACAAGCUGGUUGACCUCCUCAAGCGAAACGCCACCCUGAAGUACGAUUUGGCUUGGUCAGUUUUCAGCCUCCGGGUCCAAAUGAUGCUGCUCAGCGAAAGCCCUGAUGUUGUUGCCGCCGGGUACAGGCUUACCCGGCACGCCAUCGCAGACCGCAAAUCAUUACAGACAAUUCGAAAGUUGCACACGGACGAGCUGGUCAUACUGUCAUUAGUGAAGAAAGCGAACGCGGUUUUGGAAAGGGAACAAGCUGUCAAAUUUGUGCGAGCCUUCCUUGAUGUCAAAGACGGUGUCUACGAAAUCUCGCGCGCCGUCGUUCGAAGUCUGGUAGCUGUUGCCGAGACCCCGGAUGACCGAUUGAAGGACAUUUGCUUGUUGACCCUGGCAGAGUUGCUGACGAAGCACACCGACUUGGUGGUGUCUGCUAAUGGUAUGAGCACACUGACCGAAGCCUUGGCCGAUGGCUCGUUUCCUGCUCCGGAGGGCUUGGUUGCCGCCUUUCUCCAGAUCCUCGAUCACCCACUGCAACGAAGAUAUCUUCACACCGGAAGAGAGUUUGAGGCAAUGUUCGCACCUUUCACGGACCCGCUGCUGUUGAGUGGCAAUGAGGACAAACUAAAAACAUGUGCUCAAGCCAUUUCUGCAAUGCUCAAGACGUGGCCAGGGUUUCUGCUUCUAUCGAGGAAUGGCGCAGCACCCCUUCGCUCACUGAUUGAUUCUCUGGUUUACCCGAUCACUCAAUCACGCGAUACCGUCUUGGAAUUGUUCUUUGACAUUCUCCGUAUCAAACCACCUUCCUGGUCAAGCUCCUUCCUGGCGGGCAGAAGACUCACCACCUAUGGAAGAGUCAACGCGAUGCCGACGCAGCAGUCAUUGCCAAGACCACCAAUGGAGUACGACUCCGAGGGCAGAUUCGACCUGACCUAUCACUUCUCAGCAUUCGUCCUAGCCGCGUUGGUAAAGGCUGGUCUGGUUCCCGCCCUUGUUGAGCUCAUCAGGGCCGAAGAAGAUCUCAUGCUCAAGAGGAAAGCUGCACUCCUCCUGACCGAAGUUCUAAAAAUGGCGCAUCAUGCCCUGCCUGAAGCUAUCAGCGCGAAUGUACAAGUCUUGGGCGAGUUAGUGCCCUCUCUUACGGAUUAUGGCUCUGAGGCUUCGUCUACGAAUUUGGGCAUGAUAUAUCAGAUCGAAAGCAUCAAUCGCACGCUCAACAAGACUGCUGCUUCCCAAUAUGGCCGACUUGUCCGGGAUGAUGAGCUGGCCGUUAGCCCACAGGCCGCUGAGAGGAUGAAGUAUACUGCUUCGAUGGACGCUGACUCCUUCCGGCAAGCAAUGAUCGAUAGUCAAAUUCCGAAUCACUCACAAUACAUCAAAUGGAAGUGGGAACUGAUCCAUGGGCUGGUGGAAGGCCCCCUGACCAACCCCAGACGCCUGGAAGACGCCAUUAGGUCCCCCAAAUUCUUGAAGCGCCUUGUGGGCUUCUACCGUCCAUUCAAAUACAGGUUCUCGAUCAUUCGGAACACGAGGCCUAAUCAACGCUACGUUCGGACCGGCUGUGCUCUGCUCAAGACGUUGACUCAAACAUCCGUGGGUUUAGAAUACCUCGCUGAGAAUAAGCUUCUCGCGCAGAUUGGAGAAUGCCUUGCUCAAGUUGACCCGCAUAGCGGUAUUACGUCUGCAACACCGCUGUUUGAUCGUCGUCAAAUGAGCGAAACACUUAGCGGAGGUUACUUUGCCAUACUUGGAGCACUGAGUCAGUCUGUUGAAGGCGUGCGGUUAAUGGAGCGCUGGCAUAUGAUGGACAUGUUCUACCAUCUGAUCGAACUCAAGGACCGAGAAGACCUCAUAAAAGCGCUUCUGGGAAACAUGGACUACACUCUAGACACACAUCUUCGAGUCAUACUCUCUAAGGCAUUGACAUCAGGGGUCAAAGAAAUCCGGAUCUUCGCUACGAGACUGCUUCGAAGGUAUGCGGUGGGAAGAGUUCACUAUUCCUCCGGCAUGCAAGAUCGGGCCAGCUCUCAUUGGGCCCUUCGGCUGGUGUUGACCCAACUGUACGAUCCGGACAUUGAGGUGUGCGAGAUUGCAGUCAAGAUUCUCGAAGAAGCCUGCAAUCAACGCAGCCAUCUUGAGUAUGUGGUCAAAUGCCGUCCUUCGCUGGACCAUCUAGGUGAAAUUGGGGCCCCUCUUCUACUACGAUUUCUGGCCACUUCUGUUGGCUAUCAAUACCUGAGUGGUCUCGACUAUAUCACCCAAGAAAUGGACGAUUGGUUUCUGGGCCGCAACGAUGCAUACGUGGGCCUGGUGGAAGCCUCUAUACUGCGUGCAUACAUGGACAGUAGCAUCAACAAGAUCCAUUUCGCAGAUGACCCUGCUGUCGACUCCCAUGACCCAGGCAUUGCACCACCACACUUUUACCGGGAACUUGCGCGUACCCAGGAGGGUUGCAAGCUUCUGAGACAAUCAGGCCACUUCUACGAGUUCGCCUCUACGAUCCGAGAUGUCCGGCUCGACGAGGAAGAUACCGAGACAUUGACCAAGGUCAAAGCAUGCAUGUGGGCCAUUGGGAAUAUUGGUUCUAUGGAUCUUGGCGCCCCGUUUCUGGAAGAAGCCGAUGUGGUCGCAUCAAUUGUCCGGAUAGCAGAAGGUGCGGAAGUGCUGUCUAUGCGUGGCACGGCAUGCUUCGUCCUUGGCCUAAUCUCGAGGACGUUACAUGGGUUUGAGAUGCUUGCUGAGAACGGCUGGGAUACUGCAGUGGAUCCUCGAGGAUGCUCCCUUGGUCUGUGCAUGCCCCGGAACCUCGAGGUUCUAUGUCUGAAACCGAUUGCAUCCAAUGAAGUAACACAGAGUCCGACAGCCGAAGAGGACGCGGAGUACAAGUCAGCAGUUACAGACGAGAACCCGACCCGAGCCAAAAUACUCAAGCACAUAGUCGAGAUGGGAAACUCUGUCAUGUACAAGAAGGCGGCGACCGAGCUUCACUCUAUCAAAGCAAAACACCCUGCCCACUUCGCCACGACCGAGAUGUUCCGGAAGACAUUAGUGAUUCUGCGAAGCCACCACUAUCGGCUGCAAGCGUUGCAUUUCAUCUUGAACCUCUUCAACAAGGGUCUGAUGCGACGAAUCAUUUUCGAUGAGGAGAUGGAGGGAGAAGACAGUGGGUCUGAUACUGGUUAG